CAAGACCACAGUUUCAACAGAACCAAUACUUGAUUCAAACAACGGUUGGUAAAUAUACUGAAGUGAAGAUGUAUCUACAGGCCUACCCAAGAGCCAACUACACGUGGUCAAAAGAUGACGGCACUGAUAUGUCAAAAAGCGUAACACAAGAAGAUUUUGCAAACGAAACUACGUUGACAUUUUCAAUGAUAUCAGUUCCUGAUUUUGGAAACUAUUCUUUGAAAAUGCAGAAUGAAUACGGAAUUAAUUAUGCCCAUUACCAAAUAGUUGCAAACGGUCCACCAGAAAGGCCUACAAAUUUCCAUUCUUCUGAUAUCACUUAUAACAGUGUGAAACUACAGUGGACCUCAGGUUUCGAUAUGGGUUCAAAGCAACAUUUCAUUGUUAUGAAGUUAAUUGGAAAUCAGUUUAUACAGAUCUCGAACUUGGUAUACGACAAUUCUACAAACCAUGGUAUUAAUCAAAACUGGACAUAUGUACUGACCGGCUUGGUCAGCGAUACAUAUUACAAUCUAACCGUCGUGUCCGAGAAUGACAGAGGAUUUAUGUCAUCAUUUGCAAAACCAUCUAUUUUCUUUAAAACAAAGAAAUACCCACACGAAAGUUCAGGAUCAUCUUCUGGCGUGGACGUGAAGCUGACUUUAGGUUUAACAUUUGGCACCAUUGGAACUCUUGGCAUGCUGGCAUUUAUUGUUUAUAUACUGAAAUAUCGGAAAUUAAGGACAUCAUAUACUUCUAUGGAGGGCAAGACCGGCAAAAUUUGAGUGAAUUCUUUCAGUAUGAGGUACUGACAGAGUAAAAACAACAUAUGAGACUUUUUUUAUGUAAUGACAUCCC